CCUCUAUACCAUUAAUCCUUAAAGAGGUUAAUAUGUUUUUUAUAUCAUUCUUCUAUAGAUGACAAAUAGAAUUUCGAUUAAAAAAACAUUAGAACAUUAGACAUAUAAAGAGCAUUUUUGCAAUAUUAAAAUAUAAAAAGAUAUAAAAAUAAUGGUGAAGCAAUAGCUUUAAAUGUUGUUUUAUAAUGUAUUUAUUUAUUGAUAUCAAAAUACAGUUUAACUUUGUAAAACUAUAGCAAUUGAGUUGCUCUUAUAAAGAGAAACAACAUUUCUACAGCUAGUUACCAAGAAAAAUGGAUAAAUUGAAAUUCGAGUUCAUGGUUAAAGCCAAUGAAGAUGUAAAAACAAAUACUAUUUGUGUAACGACAAUCACGGAUUUCGAUGGCCGCACCUUUACGAUCCCAGAUAAGUUACAACCUGUAAAAUUACAUGAUAAAAUAGUACAGACCGAAAUCUUUCAGAAAGUAAAGGCUACAUUACAAAAACGGCAUGAGAAACGACAGGUGUGGAUAUCCAUGAACCCACAGAUGAAGGCUGUUUAUUGUGAUGAAGAUGGAAAUAAGCAAUUUAUGGGAUACCUAUUGGAGGAACAAACAAAACCACAAACUUCAACAACCGGAAUUUCGGAAGAAUCUCUAGCAAGAAUUAUAGAAAAAAUUUCUGAAAUAAAAAAAGAUUCGUCAAAAUCAUUUAAUACAGGGAGAAUGGCAGAAAAAAUUGUCAUAGAAAAAUUCAACAGCAAGAUUACUAAUGUGUCCCAGUGGAUGACUACCUUUGAAGCAGAAUGUGCCCGUAUAGGAAUAGAAGAAGAUGAAAAAAAAAUUGAAAUCUUUAGGAGUGUAUUAAUGUGUUUGGUGAUAAUGGUACAUGCAAUCCUUCCAGUCUUCAUAUGUAACAAUAAUCCGAGAUAUUUGGAGCAGCUUUAUGAUAACAUCUACUAUCAUCUACUAUUCAAUGGUACAUUGAUUAUACAGCUUUUCAUUAUAAUAUCUGGAUUCCUGCUCUCAUACAACCUGCAAAUAUAUGAAGAGAGUCAUGAGAUUAACUGGAAAAUUCUACCAAAACAGACUUUGCUGAGAUGGUUGCGGCUUACUCCACCAUAUGCCUUAAUAUUAGCACUAACAUCGACUUGGAUGAGACAUAUCAAUACAGGACCAUUCUGGCAUGAGAUGGCUGUGUCCGAAAUACGUGAUUGCAGAAAAUAUUGGUGGCAACAUCUCUUGUACAUCCACAACUACAUUGACAAUACAGACUGCUUGGUACAAUCUUGGUACAUAGCCGUUGAUAUGCAAUUGUUCAUUUUUGGAUUAUUUAUAUAUCUGGUGUGCCGAACUUCAAAAUCUAGGAAGAUAGUUCUCCCAACUUGGUUUUUCAUUGGCAUCGCCAUUAUAGCAGCUCACACCUACUUUGAAGACUUGAACGGCACUGUCAUGACCACUCCCGAAGUAAUUCGGAACCACAUCAGGGGAGACCCGACGUUCUUAAAAGUAUACAGACGAAGUCACACCAAUAUACCCUGUUACAUCCUGGGGAUGGGUGCAGGAUACCUGUUUUACUAUUGGCAGAAGAUUGACCUCAAUUUUGACAAAUUUAAGAAAUAUAACAUGCUCUGCUGGAUGGCUGGUCCCCUGCCACUAGUCCUGGAUUGUGGCAUUAUAGUUCUGGCCUCGUAUUUCUACAUGGACGCGCCUAGAUCUUCAGUCAUGUUGAGAACAAUUUAUGCUGCAACUGCGAAACCUGUUUUUGGAUUACUUUUAACAGUACUCCUAUGCGCAAUGAUCAUGAAACUUGAAAACGUCUUUCGUCCAAUGCUUGAGUGGGAUUGGUGGUCGAUCGUGGCACGGCUCUCUUACUGCGCCUACACUCUCCAUUUGACCAUUAUUCGGUACACCGCAUCACUAUCCACCGUGCCUUUCCAGCAUUCGACUAUGGCAAUUGUUCAAUACUACUUUUUCAUCUUGGUCGUGUCUUUGCUUCUCUCCAUUCCGCUCUGGUUGCUGGUCGAAGAACCGAUGAACCGAGUGUGGAAACUGUGUCUAAGCUCUUCCUCUAAAACGGCCCAAGUGCAAGAGAAAAUUGAACCGGAAUUGCAAACACAAUCAAAGUUUUAAAUAUAAAGAAUCAUCAUCAUCGUCAACGGACACCGGCCGUUCACUUCUGGACUAUACUAUAUCCUACCCUACCCCUGCAGGUUUGCUAGAACCAGUCCUGCACUGCCAUCGUCCAUGGGAUACCCGCGACCUUCAGCAUGUGGUCGGUCCAGCUCAGAGUUCAGAGGUCUGGUCAGAGAUACCCACAGAAAUAAUAUAAUAUAUGAAUUCAUUGUUACUCGUCUUAUAUUUUAUACUCGGUGGACUGAUCUGAUAACCGCCACCAAAGUCCUUGAAGGAAGAAGAAUCUUUUCAUUUUCCAAAAAAAAUUGAAGGUACAUCAGCGAUGUCACAGCAUGCAUCAUGAUGAUGGUUUUAUUGUUAAAUAAAAGGCAAAAUUCAACAAAAACUUUAUUAUUCGGUUUAUAAUGUUAGUAAUUAUUCCGAUUUACAAACAAACAACCUCUACGUGACUGCAGUUCUCAGUGAACAAUGGCUGUCGAACAAACGCGUGGAAGUUAUCGAAGCGGCAACAUCAGUUAUUACUCAAUGGUUAGGGGGUUCCCGGCACAGUACCGUGGCCGUCUGACAGAUGGCGUUGGGUCGGUGGUUCAACAGCAAUCCCCUGGUUCCGACAGCUAAUUAACACGAUUUGUACAUAUGUUUCAUUACGUUCUCUAUAUCAAAUACUUACGACAUACAAUUGAAUGUGAGAGUAGCAUUCGGAACUUUCAACGUUGAAAUUAAACGCAGAUUUAUACAUUAAUAUAUUGUACUUAUACAUUAAAACAAAAUUUCAAUAAAA